UUUGGUUUCAUCUCUUGGUCACCUUUCGGUAGAAACAAUAUUUCGGAGAAGCAAAAAUAACUCUGAAUUUUACAUGAACUCAACGUACUUACCCCGAUGGAUAUGCGUGAUUUCUUUUUUCAACUACUCAGUAAUCUUCAAUCAUCAGUUUAUCAUAUGAUUUUCAUACCUCGCCAACGGUUUCUCGCGGGUGCGUCCUAGUUCUAACGACAAGGUUCUGUUUUUGUUUCCAAGAAUCAAGCGAGAACCGUCACGAGGGACCUAUCAUCAGCGGGCGAACAAGCACGCCGCACAACGAGCAUAGACGCCAAAGAAGGGUGUGACGAAACGAGGAACAAAAUUUUUCGCUUACAACGGGUCGACGGUCUUCGCUCAAGGUACAACAACAUGUCAAAGCGACGACCGUUGCGACUGUUGUUGGCUUUCACGUCGGCGACAUGGGGACACACGACAGGUCACAGACGUUUGCGCCGCAUGCGAGCGGAGGACCGUUUCGGAGACGAGGAGCAGCUUGACUCUAUCGAUGACACCAAAGAUGAUGUCGAUGGCCAAAAUUUGCCGGAACAAGAAGAAGAUAGCCGUUACACGCGAGAGGACGCAAUAAGAGAAGGCGACAGGGAGAAUGAGGAGGAUACCUUUUUUUACGAUGCUCCAGAUGAACACGAUAGUUCACGAUCGACGCAACGGCCGCGUGGCACGAGCGGGCGGCGUUCAUCACAGAGAGGGCAUCGACAGGCUACAAGGAUCCGUCGGAGCGAAGUAGACCACGCUGGGCAUGCGCACGUGCCUCAGACUUUGCAGCACCAACGGCAACAGGAGCGUGUUUCUGACUUCGAGGGGAACGCGGAGCAAUCGUAUGAUCAUGAAGGAGUUGGAGGAUCCAGAUCCUUCGCUAGAAGAAGCGCAUCGACAGCUGCAAGCCAUAUCGAAAUUGACAAACAGCGUAUAUCAUCAAGAACGAGUAAGAACAGUGCCGGACAAGACCAUGUUCAAGCAACGCGAAGCAGCCGUGGUGUGACACCGGAACAGGCUAAUGCAGAUUCCGAUGCGACGAGAAUACCAUCUUCCUGGAGUGGCGUGUCUUCGAGCGCAAAGACGGCUUCAAAUGAUACGACAGACGCGUUGACGAUCGACGACGAUAAAGAAGAAAAAAGCCAGAAGAAGGUGAGACGACACACAUACUGCAUCCUUUACGCAGAUGAAACUUUUCUCUGUCCCAAUGAGGAUGAACGAGAGCGAAUGUACGAUCACGUGCUGAUGCGGCAGCAUUUCUUCUGCUAUAUGUUAGUUUUUCUCAUUGCUAUUGGAUUCGCGUUUCAAAGCUUCGUCGUGACAACAAGGAAAGACGUAGCAGUUGGCAUUAUGAGAAACGAAUUGGUCUUAGUGACUAUGACGGAGAACUAUAAAAACAAGAGGAGUAACUACGAAAAAGGCGCGAAAGAAAACUCAGUGAAUGUAAAAUCGCUUUCUGCAUGCAUCCUACAAACCAGUUAUCGUUUAUUUAAGGUGAAGAGUUUUUUGUCUAAUUAAUCCGCAGCUACUUCGUCCUGGUGGGCGUCGAUUGCUGGUAGUGGCAAGGUUCGCGGCGAACUCAUGAGCACGAGUCUAACCCAAGGGGCGGUUGUGCUGGGAGCCGCGACCGUCGUGGGAGUUCUUAUCGCGCUACGCGUUGUCGAUCAGGUGGGCUACCUAUUUUUCGGGCGCUCCCCACCGGCGCGUUUGGAUUUAGCGCAGUACUCAAUCGGUGACAUCCGGGAAGGCGCGAUAUUCUCAGAGUCAGUCGUGAUCUUAUGGACGACAAGAGGCUUGUGCGCUUUAUAACUCAAACACGAGGGCGCGCCCUCAAAUCUGGGCGACAGAUCUCGUGGCUGCCGGAGAGUGAAAUUUUCCUCCGAAUAAGAGGGGAUCCCAAAGUUCUACUUGACAAUGAAUGAAGAUAUAGAUUUUGACUUACUCUCUAAUGACAACCUUAAACGCAUUGCUGGUGCUUCUGGCCGCUCUCCCCUUCUAUUUCUUGUUUGUCUUUGUACUCGGCCACUGCCUGGAACGCGUACUCAUGCGGUGGAAAACUUGGGAGUUUUCUGGGUUUUCAGAGCGCGUAUUGGCGCUAGCAAUCGAGUCAGCGGAGUCGGAGGAUGACCUGCCGCAAGAAAUGCUCACCUACCUUUCACUGCGCAGGAGCUACAUCACGCCACACCACAUCUACGAAAAGCACGACGCCCUCUUCGACCAUCUGCGACGACCGCAGCACCAAUUUUUGCUCUACGUACUUGCACAAUAUUUUCGAAAUGAUAUAUAGGAAUGCGUAUUCCGCUUUUCUUACUCGUCUUUGCCAUGCUUAUGGCGACCGAAGAAAAGAGGGUUGGCGUGAGGACACCUAGAAGCCUUACCUUGCUUUCUACCUUAUAAUUAUGCUUUUCAUUCUUCAUCACCAUCUCCCAGAUGUAUUUGCGACCCGAACUCGCGGAUUGCGGAUGUUCGAUUAUAACGUGGCCUCAACGUUCUCAAUUACUAGUUGCGGGGGCGCUGCUGGGUCUCUUCACUGUAUUGCAUGAGCACUUCACGAGUUUGCAGCUGUGCUACUGCGCUCCAGUCGUGGCCUUGAUCCUCAAACUCUCAGCCUAUCAAGUCAGACGAUUGGUUGGAGAGGUAAAAAAAACUAGACGCGAUUUACACUAAGUAAUGCAUAGCAAGAAUGAAACUUCUGAUUACAUGGUCGAUUGGUGCUUUUACAUGCGGUGUCGUGUGCAAGAUAAUCGCUCCUCCGAAGUCAAUGCGAGACGGGUUGUCGAUUGGUGCUUUUACAUGCGGUGUCGUGUGCAAGAUAAUCGCUCCUCCGAAGUCAAUGCGAGACGGGUUGUCGGUUGGUGCUUUGACAUGCGGUUUCGCAUGUAAAAAUGCUCCCCCGAAGGCGACGCGACGAGAAGGGCAAGGGUUGUCGGUUGGUGCUUUUACAUGCGGUUUUGUAGGUAAAAAUGCUCCUCCGGGGGCGACGCGAGAAGGAGAAGGGUGGUUGUGCAUGUAGUAGACUAGUGCGUCUCUUCGAUAUCGCCUGUUCGUAUCGGAGAGAUGCGUACAAACACACUUUUCUUCUAGGUUCUCAAGCAGAUGGUGCCGCGGCAUGGGUAUUUUCGCUACAUCUUAGAAGCAGAGCACCACGGUGGUCGCCAUUUGAUCGACACUCCGCUUCCGGUGAGCCUGAUACCGAAAUGGAAGUACGCCCCACAAGGUACUGAAAUCAGUAGAAAUUGAAAUGGACGGAUGUUGAGCUUGAAGAUUGUUUAGAAAUUAUUAAUACAAGUUCCUUGAUGGAAUAGGAAUAAAAACCGGGCCCGGCUCUAAUAUAUGAAACUACUAUAAAGGAUUGCAUAUGACUAAAACCAUUAUCUAUACGUCCUAUUUCUCGCGCUGGGCACUAGUUUGGUGAACCGGUACCCUGGAGCGAACUAGUGGGUGCGCAUAGCGCGAGAGCCGAGCACUUCUCUGAGGCAAGCACAGGCCUCGGCCGCCUCCGAUGAAAAGACCUUCAGGGCUGUUCGGCGACACGCGGCGCCUAAAAUAGAUGGACCCUACUUAGCAUGGCCAUUACAGUAAUAUCUGUUCUACUCCAUCCUUUAUCUAUAUUUAUUCAUUUCUUUUACUUUUCCUAGUUAGAUUGGCUCCGCCCAUAUUAUUAAAGCAAGUUACUCGGUACGGCGCACCACACGCAUACAUUGUGGUUUUACUGAACACCACAAAAGAAGAACAAACAUCAAACAAUUCAGUCUAUACGAAACAGCGAAAUUGGGUAUCGCACUUGUGGUAUGGAACCUUUCAGCCUACGAGACAGGAACAGUUGUGGCCGCGACUGCGCAACGGACCAAAAGCCCUUCGUGCAGCAAUGCAAGACAUUUUCUUCUUUGCAGCUCUCAACUGUGGCGGCGUUCUGUCCAUACUGUUGACACAGUCGAACUUUGAAGCUGGAGACUGGCUCAAAGUCUUCCCACCGCUCGCGUAAUUACUACAUUUGUGUUUCGGUUGUCUAGCUAGAUCAUCCGCUUCCUUCAAGGUCGUAGAUGAUGAUUCAUUGAGAAUAUUUAUAUUAUGGAUUUGUAAAGCUAAAGUUGUAAGUUCCUCCAUCACAUUUGUGCUGGUAGUUGUAUACAUAGGGGUAUGGAAUCGGCUGUGAUGUCUGCUACAUUGUUUUAAUACAAGUGUUACGAGAACAGAUCAGAUUUUUCUUUCGAUUGAUGUCUCUUUCUCUUGACCACGACAGGUGCAUAGGCUUUACGGUUUUGCUAACUCUGCACUUGGUGAUUUACGACGCAGCAGGGUUUGUCUCCGACUGGGUUCUAGCAGCAAAAACCGACACGAUGACUGAUCAGGACCGGCUGAUAAAAGCGGUACUGAACAUGCGCUCUUACUUUGGGGACGCAGCUUUGCAGGAGUUUUUAGCCGCCUUGUAUCUGCAUGUUUUAUACAAGGAAGUUCAUGAAAACGCGGAAAUGGCAAUGAACGAGCAUCGACGAGCUUAUCUGGGCAAUUUCACGACGGGAGAGCAGCAAGUGAUCAGCAAAGAGUUUCGUUUUAUAGCGGCUGAUGCGGCGCAAGGGCUCUCGCAAGAGGAAAUACCCAAGCUUCUGCACAAACUUGGCAUGGAUCGGGCAGGGCACAGUCUAUUGAAAUGUUAAGACAGGACGGACAACCGUUUUGAUCAACAAUAGGUAGGAUCAUGACGAUGACCAAAGGAAAAUGUAACAAACUAUGCAUCUAUGCGUCUGCUUUAACAGAAGUUGUCGCGGCCAUGAGAACAUGGAGAUUAGAUAAAACUUAAGGUAGCCCAAUGGCUACGGUUCUGGAUGAUGUCCUUCCUCAUCCUUCGCGAUGUCGCCCCUGUCCUGUGGCUAGUGCUAAGCUGCACAAGCACAGGGGAAAAAUGCGACGGCAAAAUAGUUGGCUCUUGUUGUUGUAAUUUCUUGCGGAUCCCUCAGGCUUAACGCCCUGCAUCCGACUAGGAGAAGUAGAUCGCGACCGUCGUCAUCUCUGUAAUCUUUUUGCUUCGCACGUUAGUAAAGACCUUCGUGAGGAUCUUAAAAGCCUUUCACGUUGAUGCUGGUGCUGAUGUUGAUGAUCUUGCUGUUGCUGUCGUGUUGAUCUUCUUGUUCUUUUUGUUUCCUUGAUCACGAUGCUCGUGAGUCUUUGCGUUGUUGAUUUUAGUGCUGGUAGGAUGAUCGUAAUGCUCCACGCUUAAGGUGAUUCAUAAUUUGGGGAUCGACAGAAGUGGACGAGGAGGCGUAGAAGAUGUGACUCUUCCACAUGAAACUGAAACGCCACUCCCUUACUUCUAAGCAUCGGUGCACAUGCUACAGCUGACGGGGGACCGCACGCGACUGCAGGAGAGCGAGUUUGAGGUUUUGGUGUCGGUCUAUUUCCGAACGAUGCAUGGUCGCAUGCCACGACGCGAGAUUGAUGAAGCUUUGAUUUACCUGGCAGACAGUGGUGAGACCGUAGGCGAAGCUGCGACGCACAUAUCCGUACAGAAAAUGGUCACGAUUCUCGAAAGCGUCGGGAUGGCACGGAACGAAGCAAAGAGGCACGCCAAGCAGUUGCUUUAUCGUGCGCACCUUUUCGCCGAAGGGGCUGGCAGUCAAGACGAGGGCGACGCAGACAUCGUACAAGCGGAUGACAUGGACUGGAGCCUCUCAUCCUUCUUUUCCUUCUCCGGUUUAGUAGUCGGGAAAUUGAGGUUAUGCUGAAGCUGUGUUGGCUUGCGUAAAAACAGACUUUUAGUAUCAUAGUUUCCUGAUGUUGGUCGAUGUUGAUGUUAGGAAAUUUGGACUAGCUCUUGUAGUGCGCAAGUAGAAGGUCCAAAACCUGAUUGACCAUUAUUGCUUGCGUAGGUCUAAUGCUAGAUGAAGCAGAGGCAUUUCUUCAGUUUCUUUCGAACUCGACCUUGCUAAUAAAAUAAGCCUUUUUUUCUAAUACUAGACUACAAGGGCGGAAGCGGAGCCGGAGAGCGUGUGGGCGGUGCCACACUCAAGAAGACGUCAGGUCAAGUGGAAGAAUUGGUCACUGCCGCAGAGAACCAGAUGAAAAACAACAGGAGUCCCGGCGCAAAGGCGGCAGCUGCUGCGGGUACGGCAGCGGGCACCAUCACGAAUGUGCUAGCGCAGCAAGUGGGACUGUACACAUCUCCUGCAGGAGGAGCCAACGACCCCUACGCGUAUUUGCGAGACAAUCAUAUGCCUGGUGUGAAGGACAAGGGGGAUGAAGAGGAGCUACCCUUGACAGAGGACGAGAUACGAGAGCUGCUGGAAAUGCAGAUAAAACGCCCGACAUCGAUCUUGAUUCAUCUAUUCGCAGCAUUUCUAGCAAGGGAGCAGUUUAGAAGGUCAGACUAG